AUGGCCUCCAUGCUCGCGAGCUUGCAGCGCGGGCUUCCGUCCCGCGUUUUCCCUUCUUUCCCCUCUCUUACACGCUCAUUUAUAUCCAGAGCGGCGAAACGACCACUUCCAGCCAAACGCGACCCAGCAACAACCGUCCAAGGCACCUCGCCAGCACCUUACCCUCUAGAAACCAUCCAAACACCAGAAGAUUUCUUGACAGCUAUUGGUCGCCAGGCGGAAGCCAAGAUUACUGCGUCGACAUGGGGGGAUUUCUGGAGGAUGGACGGGCGUACCAUGAAGGCCGCGGGGGUUACCGUGCGGGACCGGAGGUGA